CCUGUCUUGUCAACCACUUUCAAAGGUGCAACAAUGUUACCUGUUUUUACCUUAAUUUUCUUGUCUUUGUCCUACAGCCUGGCUUUUCCAAAGCCUAGAAAUGAAGCAGACGUCAACCAGUCUGAUGAGAAGCUUGCUUUGGAAUACCUAAGCAAAUUCUACCCAACAAGUUCUAGUUCCAUGGCGUUUGAUGAAAGAAUUAAGGAAAUGCAAACAUUUUUUGGUAUGAGAGUUACAGGAAAACUCAACAAAGAAACUAUGGAUAUGAUGAAGACUCCUAGAUGCGGCAUGCCAGAUGUAGCCGCGUUCACACUAUUCCCUGGAAGACCAAGGUGGCCAAGAAAUUCCCUUACAUACAGAAUCCUGAACUAUACUCCAGAUCUGAGUGUCUCGGUGGUUAAUGAAGCAAUUCGCAUGGCAUUAGAUGUCUGGAGUAACGUUACCCCAUUGAGAUUCAGGAUGGUUACUCGCGGACGAGCAGAUAUUGAAAUACAAUUUUCAGAUGGCACUCAUGGUGAUGCUAGUCCCUUUGAUGGCCCAAGCAGUGUGUUGGCCCACGCGUAUGCUCCUGGUAAUGGUAUUGGAGGAGAUGCACAUUUUGACGAGGCUGAAAGAUGGUCAAGUACCAAUUCAGGCAUCAAUUUGUUUCUUGUGGCUGCUCAUGAAUUCGGUCACUCGCUGGGUCUCUCUCACUCUACUGAUCGAAGUGCUUUGAUGUUCCCUACAUAUCGCUUUGUAAGACCAAGCAAUUUCCGUUUGGGGGAAGAUGACAUAAAUGGAAUACAAUCACUGUACGGCAGAUCACCCUGAGCCAAUUACCGCACUUUUCAUAUAUCGUAUUCAUGCAACUACUCGCUAUGGAAAUAAACAAUAGCACAGCU